CUGCCUUAUCCAAGGACCCGUGGAUUGGAGGAAACGCCUGGAGGGGCCACAGGAGCUGGGCCACCUGGGGGAACAGCCUCAGGUGACCCCUCCCUUCUCAGCCAUGCUACCUCAGAGAUGACCAAGAGCAUAAAGAAUGAAAGGGUACAGUACCCCAGACGAGGGCCAUCUGGUCCACGGACUGGUGGCCUCUCGAAUUGAAACUUAUGGGGGAAGACACCACAGGGACCCAAACAACAAAGCCCCCUGGAACCUGCACCUUGGAAGGACUGCUCAACAGGAUCCCUCCCACCACCGGCUUGUUGCCUUCACCAGACAUUCUGGCCAGUCCAGAGGCUCAUCACCACUAAGGCUAAAAGACCCAGAGUAUGAAAAAAAACAUGGCGGAUAUUUUGGGUCUACCCCUUCAAACUCCUCCAAACUCAAGGAGUUGGACAAGGCACGACAGCUGGAGAUAAGACUGCACACAUUCAGCAUGUUUGGGAUGCCCCGGCUGCCUCCUGAGGACCGGAGAUACUGGGAGAUUGGGGAAAGUGGGGACAGCAACUUGACGAUUGAGAAGUCCUGGAAGGAACUGGUACCUGGUCAUAAGGAGAUGAGCCGGGGGCUCUGCCACCAACAGGAGGCAUUAUGGGAGCUACUGACCACAGAGCUGUUGUAUAUUCGAAAGCUGAAGAUCAUGACUGAACUCCUGGCAGCUGGCUUGCUGAAUCUACAAAGAGUGGGGCUUCUGACUGAAGUAUCAGCUGAGACCUUAUUUGGAAAUGUACCAGACCUGAUCCGAGCCCAUCAGAGUUUCUGGGAGGAGGUACUGGGGCCUACUCUGAAGAAGACCCAGAUCUCAGGCCAACCACUGGACCCUCUUGGCCUGCAAGAUGGCUUCUUGACAUUUGGCCAACGGUUCCAGCCAUACAUAAAGUAUUGUCUUCGGGUCAAGCAAACCAUGGCCUAUGCUCGGGAACAACAGGAAAACAACCCUCUCUUCCAGACUUAUGUACAGUGGUGUGAGAAGCACAAAAGGUCUGGACGGCAGCAACUCAGUGACCUGCUCAUCAAACCACAUCAACGAAUCACAAAAUACCCUCUGUUGCUCCAGGCCGUGCUCAAGAAGACCCCUGAACCCCAGGCCCAGGAUGUCCUCAGUGCCAUGAUUUCUUCUGUGGAGGCUUUCUUACACCAUAUCAAUAGCCAAGUGCGUCAGGGAGAGGAGCAUGACAGCUUGGCAGCUGCUGCCCAGAGAAUUGGGCCCUAUGAAGUGCUGGAGCCAUCCACUGAUGAAGUAGAGAAGAGUCUACGUCCCUUUUCUAUCCUGGAUCUGACCUCCCCCAUGCUGGGCGUUGACCACCAACAUACCCGGCAGCUGCUACUAGAGGGUUCUGUUCGGAUGAAGGAGGGGAAGGAGGGGAAGCUUGAUGUGUACCUGUUCCUAUUCUCUGAUGUGAUUCUGGUGACCAAACCCCAACGCAAGGCAGACAAAGUUAAGGUCAUCCGCCCACCCCUCAUGCUGGAGAAGAUUGUGUGCCAGGCCCUUCGAGAUCCUAACAGCUUCCUGAUGAUACACCUUACUGACUUCCAGUGUGUCUCCAGCGCCCUUGUUUUCCAUUGUUCCAGUCCAAAUGAAUGUGUUCAUUGGCUGGAGAAGAUACAGGAGGCCCAGGUCACCCUGCAGAAAUUAAAGACAGAGGAGUACGUCCAUCAGAAGAGGGAGCUCCUGGCCUUAUAUAGGGACAUCGAGUCUCCCAGCACCGUGCCCCCCACCCCCUCUCCUGAGGGCUCCCAGAGCAGUGUAGAGGACCACAAUCUGGAGAGGAGAACUGCAGAGUUCCCAGCCCUCAUUCCUCACCUGGUAGUCACAGAAGAUAGAGAAGACUCUUCUCUAGGCAUGGAUGAUGGUUCUGACAGUGGCUAUGGCACUAGCUCCCUACCAGAGUCUCAAACCCCAUGGAUCCAUAGACGCCGGCCUGCACUCCGCCAGGACCCCCGACUCACCCUCUCCACUCUGGACCUCCGAGACAUCCCUCGAAGACUACAACCUUCCAAUCCUCAUGCCCCUCAAAGACAGAGUGCCCCUGACCUCCCUGAGGGAGAUAUUAUCCAGGAAGGGCAUGGCCUUCCUAGGAGGGUGCCCCCAAACUGGUCUGAGAAAGAAGAAGAGGAAGAAGGGCCCUCAACAAGAGGGAGUAUAGUCAUGGAGACUCUGCACCGAGCUCUGCUUCGAGGACAGCUACCUUUCUCACCAUCUCAGGUCGACUCUGCAGGAGAGAGCCCCUGGGACUCCUCAGGGGAAGAAGAGGAAGAAAGUCCUGUAUUUGUGGUACCCAAACAAUAUCCCACACGUUACCCCUUACGGGCAGAAGACAUGCUCCAGGAGAUCCGGGAGGAUCUGGCCAGCCAGAGGAUUGAUGGAAUCUCAGAGACAGUGACGGAAUCCAGGAAUGGACGGCCCAGGAAGCUGACAAUAGUUGAACUACAAAGGAUGCGUGGGCCUCAAAUCAUACGGCUAGAUACCCCAUUAACCACAUCGGAGGUAUAGCCUCACCCAAGACUCUUCAGAUUUCUCCUAGAGGAUGUCUGGUCCAAGGAGUAUCCAUCGUCUACUCUCCUCAGCCCAAGAGCCAGACCCAGGCACCCACCUGCUCCAGGGUAUAAAGUUUGGGCUCAAGAUUGUAAAUUUCUGUAUCAUAAACAUUCAAUCCUAAAAUCAAAUAAAAUGAUGUGUAGAUAAGUGA